AUUCACAAGGAAUGGUACACCAGAAUACAAAAGGCUAUUUCGCCCCCUCUGUAAAGGAAAAAAAUAAAAUAUAUUUUUUUUUAACUCCUCCUUUUUAAGCACAUUUAACAGAAUUGUAAUUAAACUGAUCGAGCAUAUUUACAUUACAAGUGCAAAGAUACAACCGAAAAGAAAAGCACAAAGUUUUGCCAGUUUGCGAAAGAGAGUUUUCUUCUUAACGCAUUAGAGUUAUACAGAUACGUGUACGUUUAGAAAACCAGUCCUUGUGUUUCCCCCUCCGAGAGCGCACCACAGAAGUAGUAGCCAUCAAGGAGCAGCGAACUAGCCCCCCGAACAGCCGCCAAACUGACAAUCUGCCAAAGUGCUAAACUGCUAAACUGCCAAACUGCCCAACCGCCAAACCGCCUAACCGCCAAACCGCCUAACCGCUUCACCUGAGAGAAUAACUCCUCCCCCCCUACCCCCGAACACCCCCCGUAGCUUAACAAAAUGAAUUCUUUCAAAUUUAAAAACUCCACCACCGGUGCAAGUUUGCAAAGCGCGGCCAACAUAACCUUGAGGCAAAUUCUGGAGCCCAGCACUGUGGAUUUACGCUCCAAAAAAACGCACAUUGUUUGUACUUUGGGUCCAGCGUGCAAGUCCGUCGAAACGCUCGUGCAGUUGAUAGACGCAGGAAUGAACAUUUGCCGAUUCAACUUCUCCCAUGGAUCACAUGACGAUCACAAGGAAAUGUUUAACAACGUGUUGAAGGCCCAGGAGCAGAGGCCAAACGCCUUAUUGGGAAUGCUGUUAGAUACGAAGGGCCCCGAAAUUAGAACGGGUCUUUUAAAAAACAAAGAAGCGCAUUUAAAGGAAGGAAGCAAGUUAAAGCUAGUUACAGACUACGAAUUUUUAGGAGACGAAACUUGUAUUGCCUGUUCAUACAAAAAGUUGCCACAAAGUGUAAAAGAAGGAAACAUCAUUCUAAUUGCCGAUGGGUCAGUUAGCUGUAAAGUGUUAGAAACACAUGAUGAUCAUGUGAUAACAGAAGUGUUGAAUUCAGCUACCAUUGGAGAGAAAAAAAAUAUGAAUUUGCCAAAUGUUAAAGUGGACCUACCAGUUAUAGGAGAGAAAGACAAAAAUGACAUUCUCAAUUUCGCCAUCCCCAUGGGAUGUAAUUUCAUAGCAGCUUCGUUUAUUCAGUCAGCAGAGGACGUUAGGAUGAUUAGGAACUUGUUAGGCCCUAGGGGAAGGCAUAUCAAAAUCAUCCCCAAGAUUGAAAAUAUUGAGGGCAUUAUUAAUUUUGACAAAAUUUUGGCUGAGUCUGAUGGUAUUAUGAUUGCCAGGGGGGACUUAGGAAUGGAGAUUUCUCCGGAGAAGGUUUUCCUGGCCCAGAAGCUGAUGAUUUCGAAGUGCAACUUGCAAGGAAAGCCAAUCAUCACCGCCACCCAGAUGUUAGAAUCCAUGACGAAGAACCCAAGACCAACAAGAGCCGAAGUGACAGAUGUAGCCAACGCAGUGUUAGACGGAACCGAUUGUGUUAUGCUCUCCGGAGAAACAGCCGGUGGAAAGUUCCCAGUAGAAGCAGUCACAAUUAUGUCCAAAAUUUGCUUAGAAGCCGAAGCGUGUAUUGAUUAUAAAUUGCUAUACCAAUCAUUGGUCGGUGCGAUUGACACUCCUAUAAGUGUACAAGAAGCUGUGGCUAGAUCAGCCGUAGAAACGGCGGAAUCUAUCGGUGCAGUUCUAAUUGUAGCUUUAACCGAGACAGGAUACACUGCUAGAUUGAUUGCCAAGUACAAACCAAGCUGCACCAUCCUAGCCCUCAGUGCUUCUGACUCCACGGUUAGGUGCCUGAACGUACACAGGGGAAUUACAUGCAUUAAAGUGGGAUCAUUCCAAGGAACUGAUAACGUCCUGAGAAAUGCCAUAGAAAUUGCCAAAGAAAGGAACCUAGUCAAAGUGGGAGACAGUGCGAUCUGCAUUCACGGCAUUAAGGAAGAAGUCGCCGGAGCUACGAACUUGAUGAAAGUGGUCCAAGUGGAGUAAAAUGCACUACCGCAGAGUGCACACAGUUGUGCAUGUGCUUAUGUGCAUGGGAAAGUUAAAAAUGAAGAAGAGAGAGAGGAAAAAAACAGCAAAUGGAUUUCCCGUGCUUGUCUGCAGAUGGGCCCAACUUGGCACCCUUAAAAAGUUAACAAGCAAAGUUAGCAUAACAGAAGUGCGCACACAUGCUUAGCAACCACUCCGAAAUGGUGGUCGGGGAAUACUGCAAGAUGUCGCGGGGCGAUCCGACGCCACACGUUUCGCCGCGCUGCAUAAUUAUGCAGUAUGGUCCUCUCUUGCACAUACGCAUACGUAUGUGUGGGGGUCACCCCCCUCCUCCAUGUACUGACCCACAGUGCAGAAAGGUACAUAAAUAAAUGGGCACGAACACCUGCGUGGAAAAACCGCCCCAACGUAAUCAAGCGGUUGACCGAACAAGCGAAUAGGCGAACAGGCGGUUAAUAAUGGAGAUGCUCUUAUAUGAUGAUCAAUUAUGCGCCCUUUUUUACGUAACCAUUUUUCCUAUAUAUAUUCCGCUUGGC